AUGUACUUACCAUCAGAUAUCUUUUUCUUAAAGAUCUGGACCUUGGUCGUUGGUUACCUGCUGAUGAUUUCCUUCAAGUGGAAUCUAAGCACAGAGCGUUACUUGAAAGCCAUCUCGGUACCUGUGUGGAUUAUGCUGCUCUUUCACUUAGCUUCUGUGGCUGGUUCCUGGAAAAUUCCUGUGUUUCUGGUUAUAGUCAUUCUGAUGACUGUAGGCACAUUGCAUGAACAGCAGAGUGGAAAGGAGUCUUCUGGGGCAGAACUUCCCGGUCAGAUGAUUUCCAUUGCUGCUUCAACAAUUGCCAUGGCAAUAUCAAUUACAGAAGAUGAAUCAAAAAAACCUUCCUCACAACCCUCAGGUGACUGAAUACUCUGU